ACUCCUAACGUCAGAAGCCAGCAGAGUUUGACAAAGCACUGACAGUCUGCCCAGCAACAGCAUGAACUCCAGGGUCCCAGCUACUCACAGCUGGUUCAGCGGCCACCCAGCCACCACUGAGCCUGACUUGGAGCCUGCCACUGAAGGGUCCACCACAGAGACCAGCACCCUCGGCCCAGAGACCACAAGCUUCAAUGACACCCGAAUGCCUGAUAUGGCGGGUGGUGCAGCUGGUGUGGGUACCAUGCUUCUGUCUUUUGGGAUCAUCACAGUGAUUGGCCUGGCUGUGGCCAUGGUUUUAUACAUCAGGAAGAAGAAGAGGCUGGAGAAGCUACGCCACCAGCUCAUGCCCAUGUACAACUUUGACCCCACGGAGGAGCAAGAUGAACUGGAGCAGGAGCUUCUGGAACACGGGCGAGAUGCUGCCUCCAUGCAGGCUGCUGCUUCCCUGCAGGCCGCACAGGGCAAGAGCACUCUCCCUUCCCAGGGCCCGAUGCAGAGGCCUAGCAGGCUGGUGUUUACUGAUGUAGCCAAUGCCAUCCACGCGUGAGAGGCCUGAAAACAGGCCCGGCCUUCAGACAAACACACCUGCCACAGUGCAGGCAGUGCUGCCCACUUCCUGACUGUCAAGACCUAUUCUCAGGACCCGAGCCAUCGUCACCACCAAGACAGGAAAAGGGCUGCAACAGAGCUCAGCUGUGCUGAGAGGCCCCACCCACUGACUCUCAGGCUUGAAGAGAGAGCUCUGACCAGGCUGGCCAUCUGGCCACUGACUUCUCCUGAACUGAUGGCCCUAGCACGGAAGACAGCCCUCCUCGUGCGGGAAGGCGAAGAGCCAUUGCUGGCUUCCUGAUCUCCUGGCCAUAACCCUUGCAUCAAGGUCUGCUUCUCUGAUGGGGAGGAAGAGCACAAGGUUAAAGGGGAAGGGAGAGGAAAGGC